AUGUACGGAAGUCGGGUAGUUAGUCGCAAUGUUCAGGCUCAAGAGGUUCCCGAAGAAUUCCAGGAUCCGACCCUCAUGAAUGCUGUGCCGUUCGCCGACAUGACGGACGGAUUCGUUGCCGCAUUCCCAACUCUGGAUCGAGCCACUGUGCAUGAUAUCGUCUACCGACACGGAGCCUAUCCGGAUGUUGUCCUGGACGAGCUUUUGCGCGCUUCGGAAAGGAAGGAAUCGGCGAGGACUUUGCAAAGGACUGGUGCGAGACCGAAACAGUGCGUCGCGUCGACUUCGUCUCACGUGUGCCCUCCCAAUUGCGGAAUGCCAAUGGACACAAGUGGGGAGUUUAAGCGCGUCUCGGGAGAUUAUAACUUGAAAGAGUUCUUGUCUCAGACUGAGUUGCUCAAGCUCAGAGUCGACAUGGUUCAGGACAUGCUUCCGGAUGCUGACCCGCAAUUCUUGGAACAGGAGAUAAAGAAACUCGGCGGCGAUGAAAUGCGCAUUUCGGAUUGGAUCGACCAAAUGUUGAUUACGAAGAAGUACCCGAAGUUCAUGGAUUUUCUGAAAGGCCGCGAAAUCGGCGGUGUCAUUGAAUCUCACAAAACGAUGACAGCUUCGGAAUUCUUGAGGGGAAUUUCCGAACCGGAGAAGGUUUACUCUCGAAAGGACAGGAUCGUCACGGAGCAAUAUAAGCAACUCUGCCGAGCUUAUUUGUACCUCUUGUACCCUUCACGCAAGGCUGAGGUCAACAACAGUAUGAUAAAAAAUAAUUCCUUGCUCUUCCCGUCGAUCAUUCUCAUGGAACAGUGGUUUGGGCCGCAGAAAUAUUGGACCUACGAGUUCUUCCAGGCCGACGGCAUUGUUGAUGUCACGUUCAUCCAAGAGUUCACUUUCAUGCGUCUUCGGCAUGAAAUUGCGACUUUGUCUGCUGCGAGUCAACGACAGCGCAUGGAAAUUUUGUCGGAAGCGCGUGCGAACGGCGCCCUCUACAAGUGCGAGGUGUGUUUCGACGAGGAGUUCACCAUUGUCGAAGUCGUUCAGUGCGGAGAGCAAGGACACACGUUCUGCAUUACUUGUGUUCAAAAGCACGCGGAAGUGUGUGCUACUGAGAAACGAUCCAAAGUGAACUGUUUGCAUCCAAAGUGUCCUGGGUCUUAUUCUCUGUCCGAUAUCUUCGGGCUGCUGCCUGAGAACCUGUUCGGCGCUCUGCUGCGAGAAGAUCAGAAUGAGCAACUGCGUGCCGCUGGAUUGCAGGAGCUGGUGGAAUGUCCAUUUUGUUCCUUCGGAGCUGUUGUUGAAGACAAGACGAUGACGGAGUUUCAGUGCCUGAAUCCGGGCUGCGGGAAGAGAUCUUGCAUCGCAUGUAAGAAGACACACUCGCCGACGGAUAUGUGUAAAGUCGUGCAGAGAUCUGCCCAAAAAUUGAUGGAAGAGAAGUUGUCUGAAGCUGUUGUUCGGAGCUGUCCUUGGUGUAAGAAAUCCUUGGUUAAGGCGGAUGGGUGCAAUCACAUGAGUUGCCGUUGUGGGAAGUCAUUUUGCUAUCUCUGUAGGAAACCGCUUCACGGGGAAAAUCCUUGCUCCAACGCGAGGUGCCGGGAAUUUGUGGGCACGGAAGAAAUUCAUAAUAUUGAUCGUCAAAAUGCGUCGGUCGCCGGAGAAAGGGAGAUUCGUCAAAGAUACGGAUCCGUGCAGGGUAUUCCGGAUGAGCUGCUCAAGCACCUCAGGCCAGUCUGGAGUGAGGAUGUCGCCGAAACGUGUGGCCCCAUCGUUGUAAAUAUCGUUCGCUCCUUCGCGGAGAUGAAGUUGGUAUGGGACGACCUGGGGUUAUCAAUGGAGGACCAGCGAGAUCGAAAGGAUCGUUUCGCCAAAAACAUCAAGAGACACGUGGAUGAUAUGAGGAAGGGCGAAAAUUCGUUGCGAGCGAGAAUCAUACAGGAAAAUGUCGAGUUGGGUCGGGAAAUUGAUCGAUUUUACGACGAUCUCGAUGCCGACAUUCAGCCUGACGACAAAGUACUCGUCUUGAAAACUAAACUGGAGAAGGAAGUGAACCGUUUAGUUGCCUUGAAGGAGAAGAUGUUGGAAGAUUUGAUCCUCAAGAAGAACGAAGAACGAUUGCUGUGUGAUGAACUCGGUAUGCCACCCUUGCCGAUUUCUGCCGACAAAGUCCCCACCGAACAAGACAUGAAGGACCUCGAUAGUCAGAUCUCGAUGCUCAAGAAAGAAAAAAUCUCUCGCACGCAGAAGUUUGAGUUGCAUCGGUCCAAAAUUAUCGACCUUUGGGAUCAGCUCGGUCUUGUUGCCAGCGGUGGAUUCGAAUCGGACAUAACUCAGAGUACAAUGAUCUUAUCGAAAGAAAACCUGGAGAAGAUGCAUGCGUUGGAAAGUGACUUACUCGCUAAGCUGGAUCUAGCCGAAUUGAAGUUUGCUAAAUUGAAAAGAGAAAUCGAGCUACUAUGGGACCUCUUGGAACGGAAUGAUUUGCAAGUGAACCUUUUCCGAGACAAGCAUUUUGGCAUCCGGGAAGAAAAUUUUACAGAAAUGGAAGCCGAACUGGAGAAACUGUUGGGCGAGAAGCUGGAAAAGAUUGCAUUCUUCAUCACGAAAAUGAGAACGCACAUCAAGGAUAUGUGUGACAGCCUCAUGUACGGACCAGCUACCACUGAAGCCAUUGAAAGUAUGCUGCCCAGGGACGAUCCCCAAGGGGAACUGGACCAGCUGGAAGAAAUCCAGGAACAACUUUGUCAAGAACUGACUGCUCGUCAACCUGUUCUGGUCAAAGUGCGCAAGUGGUUGAAUAUGGUGGCCGACUUUUCUCGUCUUCAGUCUGAAAGCAUGGACCCGCGUCGCCUGAAUAACCGUGGAGGUGCUCUUCUCCAACUGGAGAAGGAGAAAUCUAAGUUAUCCAAGGGAAUUCCUGAGCUAGCUCAGAAGCUGAAGUCAGAAAUUGGCGAAUGGGAAACCUCCCACGGCAAAGACUUCAAAGUGAUGGAUGAACGCUUUAUGGACAAAAUCGAGGAUCACUUGAAAUCUGUGAAAUUGGCACCUGCUUCUGCUCGGAAGCCAAUUUCUUCGUGCAACACAACGCUGAAGCGACCUGCGAAUGUUCUGGCAGAUGGAAGCACUGUUAAGAGGCCUCGUAUUGCAGGUCAGCAGGAGAAACUCCCGCAAAGUGCCCCUAGGGUCGGCGCAAUUGAAGAGACGAUUGCCUCAGUUGACGAUUUUCAUGCAUUUCAGAUCGGCAUUAGUUCCGCCACAAAGGUACGCCCUCUGAGACGCGGGGAUAGGCUUGUUCAACACCGGAUGAACCUUUUUUCAAAGCAGGCGGGACGCACGCCGUUGAACGAAUUAGCAGGACCCGCACUUGACGGACUUCUCACAUCCACACAGCUUGAAUCCCCGUCCAAGCGUCGCUUCCCAAAAAUCGGCGACGAAUUUUCCCGCGAAGUUACGUGA